ACCCCAUUCAAAACCAAUUCGACACACUAUUUUGACUGUUUAGAAUCCAUUUAAAUAGCUCUAAUUUGAACUUUUUUUUUCUCGUAAAUAUUGGGAAGAAGGUGCCACUUGUGGCUCGAAGCCUCCAACAAUCAAAACUUUAAUAUUUCCGUGUUUAAUCCAAUUUUUCAAUGACUAAUCUUUUUACACUCACUAGUCACUAUUCUCUGUAGUUUUUUAUUUACCCAAAAAAAAAAACUUAUAGUUUUCAUCAAUGGCGGAAAAAAACGACAAGAAGACGACGAAAUACACAGGGAAAGUGAAGCAUAUCGACCAAAAAGGCAUAGGCUACAUAGUUCCAGAUAUGGAUAUCAUCGCAAACCCUUCUUCUCUCUCUUCUGUUCCCAUUCAAGAAGGAGACCGUGUUGAAUUCAAUAUCAAGUUUAACAAUGAUUCUGACCCUCAAAUUGAAGCAAUUGAUGUCGUUCCAAUUAAGGUUCAAUGUACUAAUUGCCGCAAAUAUGGUCAUUCUUCUCAAAAUUGCCGUCGGAAAAUUUCAAUUUCUAGGGUUAAGUUAUUUAAAUGUCAUCACUGUGGAUUAUUUGGGCAUUUUGCUAGGGACUGCUGCCAAAGAAGUGGGAAGAGAUAUUCUAGUGUAGAGGGCUCCAACUCGAGUUCUGUAGUUAGUGUGAAGAGGAAAGAAGAUGUUAGGAAAGUCGAGAAGGUUGAAGAUUGCUUUAUUUUGGAGUUUAACCCUAAUGCAAAUGGCGAUGAUGAUCAAGGCAACGAUAUCACGGAGGCGACGAAGAAGUACGUAAAGGAAGAGGAGGAUUGUGAGGUAAUGAGGUCCAUUGUAUGUGUGAAGAAUGUGGAAGAUAUGAAGAAAGUUGAAGAAGUUGAGGAUUGUUUUAUUUUGGACUUUGAUCCUGAUGAACCUUCCAAGCUUUCUAACUUGUCUUUGUGUGAUAAUAAUUCAGAUGAUGUGUCCGUUUUGGCAGAGAAAGGAAAGGUAGCUUGCAGGGAUUACCCACAUUCAAGGCACUUAUGUGUAACACAUCCUUUCAAGACAACAACUCAUGAGAUCCAUUGCAAAAUGUGUUAUUGCUAUGUUUGUGAAAAACCUGCCCCUUGUGAGAAAUGGACUGAAGGAGAUCCUUGUUUGAGGCAUUGUGAUGCUACUGUUGGUUGUCCAAGUUCAAAUAGACUUAAUAAACAAAAGAAGUGGCUUGAUUAUAUGAAGGAGAAAUUACAACAAUGAAAGGUAAUGCCCCAAAUGGAGUUGCUACUUCUGCAAUCAGUAGAUGACAUUCUAAUAUUUGUUUUUCAGUUAAAUGUUGACAAAAUACUUCUAUAUAAAGCAAUGGCUGUCAAUGGACAAAUGGCUUCAUCUAUUUGUCAUAGGUCUAUAUGAGUAACAACAAGAAGAAACACAUAUUAUAGGAAAUGAAUUUGGACUCAUCUGUUUUUUUGUUUUUGAGAUAUAAUGUGUAUAUAGUUGAAACUUGAAAUGAAAUAUAUAGCUGAUUUAAUUACUGUGUUAUUGCAUCUUUUGUCAUAUUGUUUCGU